UAAAUACGGGCCCAAAAGUUGACUGGGCAAAUUAUCCUGUAGGACAUAGCUCAAUAGAGGAAGAAGAAGAACCCUCUUAACUUUGUUUAUAUUAUCAGUUUUGCAGGUUAUAUUUAUAAUUUAGGUGCAAUAUGUGCUGUGGGCUGUGGGUAAAUAAAUAAAAAAUGUAGGUAAUGUGAAGUGCUGAAUUAUGUAAAAUACUGAUAACAAUAAAUAUGAAAACAAAUUAACAGGAAAUAACUGUCAAGUAUUAUCAACGUAAUCUAUUUUACCACGUAUUAGGUAUUAUUCCUUUUCUUUGACGAUUUGAUAAAAUAGGUACUACUUAUUGAACGUUUUGAUAAAACUUCUGGAAAAUGUCUGCAACUGGGAAAACGAAUGUGGCUCUCAUCACGGGUAUAACAGGACAGGAUGGUUCAUAUUUGGCAGAGUUUUUACUAAGUAAAGGAUAUGAAGUCCAUGGAAUAAUUCGCAGAGCUAGUAGUUUUAACACAGGAAGAAUAAACCACCUUUAUUCUGAUCCCUGUGCACACCAAGGUGGGAAAUUGUUGUUACAUUAUGGAGAUAUGACUGAUUCUAGCUCACUAGUGAAAAUUAUAGCCAAAAUAAAACCUACAGAAGUUUACAACUUAGCAGCUCAAAGUCAUGUUAAGAUUUCUUUUGAUUUGAGUGAAUAUACAGCAGAAGUAGACGCUGUUGGAACUCUACGACUUUUAGAUGCCAUUAGAACAUGUGGAAUGGAAAAAUUUACUAAAUUUUAUCAAGCUUCAACUUCUGAGUUAUAUGGAAAAGUGGCUGAAGUUCCACAGACUGAAAAGACACCUUUUUAUCCUAGGUCUCCAUAUGCUGCUGCCAAAUUGUACGCCUAUUGGAUAGUUGUAAACUAUCGAGAAGCAUAUGAUAUGUUUGCCUGCAAUGGCAUUUUAUUUAAUCAUGAAAGUCCCAGAAGAGGGGAGAACUUUGUUACCAGAAAAAUUACAAGAGAAGUUUCAAAAAUCCAUUUGGGCAUUUCGGAAUAUUUAGAAUUGGGAAAUUUAGACUCAAAGAGAGAUUGGGGCCAUGCCAAGGAUUAUGUAGAGGCCAUGUGGCUGAUGCUUCAACAAGAUAAACCUGAAGACUUUGUAAUUGCUUCUGGAGAAACGCACAGUGUCAGAGAAUUUGUAGAGGCAUCUUUUAAACAUGUAGGAAAAGAAAUUGUUUGGGAAGGAAAAGGUGUUGACGAAGUUGGCAAAGAAAAGGACACUGGAAAAAUUAGAGUGAAAGUAAAUCAAAAAUAUUUCCGACCUACAGAAGUUGAUCUUUUGCUAGGUGAUGCUUCUAAAGCUAAAACUGCAUUCAAUUGGUCACCCAAAGUAGCUUUCCCGGAACUAGUCAAAGAUAUGAUGGAUUCAGAUAUUGCACUGAUGAAGAAAAAUCCUUUAGCUUAAUUUACACUUAUAAAUAGAGAAUCAACCAGAAGGGCAUUUUUUACAUUCCCAUAUACAGGGUGGGGCAUAAUGAAGGGGCGUUUUUAGAUCGGCUAGUAAACGCGAACGGUUGGGGGUAGAGAGCCGCGCUUGACAUCGUUGGAUUCAGGAAAGCUUACCGUUUGUUAUUAACAAUGGUUAUCUGGACAAGAGAGCAUCG